GGUCCGCUACUUCCGUGUUGUACGAUUGUUUUGCUGAUGCGGAAUAGAGAACGCUAAUAUUCGAUCAUACGUUAUUAAAUUGUAGCUUUAUUUAUUCGGAGUUCCUCUCCGGCGAUUUUCAUGAUUAAUUUUAGGUUAGCUACCUUAAUUUCUGCCUCGAUAGACGUUUCGCCGCGCCAGUUAUGUCAACUUCCGGGGUGACGUAAUGAUGUGGUAGUUCCGCCGCUUCCGUGUUGUUGUGCUGUUUCGGAAUUACGAACUCGCGGGUGGUUUACAUUACAGCUGUUUACUCCGCAAUAUGUAACUUUUGGUUUCGUUAGCGUAUCAUUUUGUUGUCAACGGAGUUUCCAUUUGUGCAGUAGCUGUGUUUGUGAAGUAAUAGGAGAGUAGGUUGGGGGCUAGCUCGCAAGCUAACAAAACAGGCCCCGACUCAACAUUGAAAUAUCGCGUUGUUUUUUGUCAAAAGAUACACGAUUACGUGCAUUUACAAAAUAGCAUGGGUUAAUUAGAACUCAUGUGGUUGUGUGCGCUCUCCGAGUGAUCACAGUGUGGUGUUGUGACGGAACAAGCUAGCUUUGUCGCAGCUAGCUGCUGAGAUUGACAUCCGGGAGGUUGGAUGUUUCGGGCUGGUGUCUGUGUCAAAGUCAUGCCAUGAUGGUCCUUCGGCGGCUCCUGAGGAAGCGCUGGGUGCUGGGAGUCGUCUUUGGGCUUUCUCUAAUCUACUUCCUCACCAGUACACUCAAACAGGAGGAGCGGAUCAUACGGGACCGCACGCUCUUAGAGGUUAGGGAUUCGGACCACCGCAUCCCGUGGAAGGUGCGCUUCAACCUGGGCAACAGCAGCCGCCAGAUGAGCCAGUGCAGGAACUCCAUUCAGGGCAAGAUGUUGCUGACGGACGAGCUGGGUUACGUGUGCGAGAGGAAAGACUUGCUGGUGAACGGCUGCUGCAACGUCAACGCUCCGAGCACGCGGCAGUACGUCUGCAAAAGCUGCUUGGCCAACGGCUGCUGCAGCGUGUACGAGUACUGCGUGUCUUGUUGUCUCCAGCCUGAUAAGCAACCUCUCCUGGAGCGCUUCCUCAACCGCGCCGCCGAAGGCUUGCAGAACCUGUUCGUUGCCGUGGAGGACAUCUUUGAGCUGUGCCUGGCCAAGUGUCGCACCUCCUCGCAAAGUGUCCAACAUGAGAACACGUACCGGAACCCUCAAGCCAAGUACUGCUACGGGGAGAGCCCUCCGGAACUCCUUGUACUCUAAGACGGAAAGGAAAGACUCUGUUGAUAUUUUUCAUGAUGAUUUACACUUCAUAAGUGCAUUAACCGCUUCCAUCCAGUCAUCCGUGAUGAUCACUAGGCAGCUCUUUGUUCAGCAUGAUUCAUGAAGUCACGUCACCUCCACUAGUGUCGACGGGCGAGGCAGGUAUUAUGCAUUUGGAGAUGUGUAGUGAAGCCUUUUUUUGCCUUCAGUCCAGCCUUGGUGGAGGUCUAGGCUCCCUGGUGUGCUAUUGUACUUUAAAACUCCGUGUCAUCAAAUGUAUGGUGCAUGUUUUGGAAUCAAGUAAAAGAAACUGUGAGUAUGUAAACGCAACAUGGAAACAAAUAAGGAAGUGUCUUUGGUAAGGAACAAAAUACAGGAUUGGAUAAUUGCAGAAGUUCAUCAGAAUCAGAAUCAGAAUCAGAAUCAGAAAAGGUUUAUUGCCAUGUAUGAUCAAACACAUACUAGGAAUUUGUUUUGGUGUAGUAGGUGCAUACACAUCUAUUAAAAAAGAAUGAGAAUACAAAAUAUGAAAUACAAAAUAUGAAAUA